UUCCCACUCCGCCCGGGGCUCCGGGGGCGGCCAUGGGGCGUAACGGCCGCGCCGCGAGGCGGCCGCGCGGGCUCCCGCGCUCCGCCGGUGGGGGCUCUCCUGGGUGACGUCACCCCCUCCGCUGCGGCCCCGCCCCCGGGCGUUGCCAUGGCGACGGCGGGGCCCGGCGGGAGUUCCCUGAGGGGGUGACGGGCUGAGGGGCGCCGGGCGGCGGCUUCUUCCCGCCCUGCGGCCGCCCCCGCGUUUCCCGCCCGUGCGCUGGUUCCUGCCGGAGAGGGGCCGCCCGGCCCUGGUCCGGUCUCGCCGAGCGCUUGUUUGUGUUGUUGGAUUUUUUUCCCCAAAAAACACAAAAGUUUGUUUUCUACUUUCGGUUCGCGGCUGCCGAUGGCUCGUUUCCUCGUCAGCUUCUUGGAGAGCUGUGUCCAGUUCUGGGCUCCCGAUUUAGGAAGCGUGAGGAGGAGUUACUGGAGGGAGUCCAGGAUGAUUCCUCUGCAGAGUCUAUUUUUGAAUGGAAGGAUGCUCUUUCCCAGUAGAAGAUGGUGAUCCUAAUGUAUGAUCAUGGAAAAGGGAAUAAGUUCAGUAGAAGUGUUACCUUCCAAAUCGUCUCAGGUUACAGCUGUAAAAGUGGUGGUCAAAGAGUCCACAACAAAGCAAACCCAAAGAGGGAAACGAGUGGGAUUUGUGCUUGUCCAUGCAGGUGCAGGUUAUCAUUCAGAAUCCAAAGCUAAAGAAUACAAACAUGUGUGCAAAAGAGCCUGUCAGAAGGCAAUUGAAAAGCUACAGGCUGGUGCUCUUGCAACAGAUGCAGUGACUGCAGCACUUAUAGAAUUAGAGGAUUCUCCUUUUACAAAUGCAGGAUUGGGGUCUAACUUAAACCUUCUGGGUGAGAUAGAAUGUGAUGCCAGUAUAAUGGAUGGAAAGUCAUUAAAUUUUGGAGCAGUUGGAGCACUGAGUGGAAUCAAGAAUCCGGUUUCAGUUGCAAAUAGAUUGUUGUGUGAAGGGCAGAAGGGAAAACUCUCUGCUGGCAGAAUUCCACCUUGCUUUUUAGUUGGUGAAGGAGCUUACAGAUGGGCAGUUGAUCACGGGAUACCAGCAUGUCCUCCAGGUAUCAUGGCUACAAGGUUUAGUUUAGCAGCUUUUAAGAGGAACAAGAGGAAGCUGGAGUUGGCUGAAAAGGUGGAAACAGAUCUCAUUCAACUAAAGAAGAGGAGACAAUCAAAUGAAAAGGAGAAUGACUCAGGAACAUUGGAUACAGUUGGUGCAGUCGUUGUUGACCAAGAAGGAAAUGUUGCUGCUGCUGUCUCCAGUGGAGGUUUAGCACUAAAGCAUCCUGGAAGAGUUGGUCAGGCAGCUCUUUAUGGUUGUGGCUGCUGGGCUGAAAAUACAGGAGCUCAUACCCCUUACUCCACUGCUGUGAGUACUUCAGGUUGUGGAGAGCACCUUGUCCGAACCAUACUGGCCAGAGAAUGUUCAUGUGCUUUGCAAACGGAAGAUGCCCACCAAGCUCUCCUAGAGACUAUGCAAAACAAGUUUAUUGGUUCCCCUUUUCUUGCCAAUGAAGAUGGAGUUCUUGGAGGUGUGAUAGUUCUUCGGUCUUGCAGGUGUUCAGCAGAGCCUGAAUCUUCACAGGAAAAGCCAACUUUACUAGUGGAAUUUCUGUGGAGCCAUACGACCGAGAGCAUGUGUGUAGGCUAUAUGUCUGCACAGGAUGGCAAAGCUAAGACUCACAUUUCAAGGCUUCCUCCUGGAGCCGUGGCCGGACAGUCCGUGGCCAUAGAAGGAGGAGUUUGCCGGCUGGAGAGUCCAGACAGCUGAACAGCUGAUUCCUCGCUUCAUUGCAAAGAAUGUGAAAGACUUUUUGUACAAUAAGGGUUUUUUUUUGUGUUUUACCAGAUGUUGGAAAUUCUAGUCUUGUUUUAUACCCUGUAUUGCAACCAUGUGCACCAUAACUUGAGACAAGUACUGCUGUAGUUUAUGUUCUCACUCUGUGAAUGGGAGUGUGUGCAUGCUCGGUUUUUUUCCCCUAAUAAAAUAGGAUCUCUUCCCGGUUGUGCAAAGAUUAUGUAUGAUUAAUGAUUGUGUUUUCAUUGUUUUACGUUUGAGAAAUAACCGAAAGUCUAAAAAAAAUAAUUUAAAGAUAUGGUCACAAUUGUCAUUCAUGUUCUAAAUUUAAAAGUAACAGGCCUUUGAAGUGGCUAUAGAAUUAUGCAAAAAUUAUUUUGAUUUCUAAGUUUCUCAGUAGUUUAAGGAAAUCCAGUGAUGGUUUAAACAUGGGUUGUUUUUUUUCCUCCCCAAUAAGGAGGAUUUUUUUUGUCAAAUAAUGGUUUCAGUGAAACAAACUAAAGCAAAAUUAAGGCUAGAAUUGUUUUUAAAUAGUCUGAUAGAUCAUAUCUCUGUUCUCAAACUAAGCUGUUAAUAGCUUCAAGCUGUAUGUAUUGCAAAAAGCUUAUAUGAAGAUAAUGUAUCGUAACGCAGUCUUUAUGUAUAAUGGAAUAUUACAAUGUAAAUAAGAAAACAAAGUUUAUGGAAAGAUUCAAUAUUAUUCUUUGCUUCUGUUUUAAAUCUAUUUUUAAGAGAGGUACAGAAAUGGACAUAUUACUGGAUGCAAAGUGCAAUGUGUAUGAAAUGGAUGUUAGGAGGUCGGAUAUUAGCUUUCUUAUUGAUAAAGCAGCUUCCUAAAGUCCAGCCACAGCAUGGGUAUUUAUAUAACUGUAUGUAAUAAGUAUGUACUGUGCAUAAAUUUACUGUAAUUCUUUUAUACCUUCAACAAGACUGCAUUAUAAAGUGUAAUCCUUGUCUGCCUUGUGAAGCAUUGGCAGCUCAACUGGCCGUUGCCACCAGUACUAACACAUUCGCCUGAGUCUUAAAAGUGAGUUCUGACACACAAUCUUCCAUUCGGUAUUUUUUCUUCACAGCACUGGCAGCAAUAGAAGACUUUUGGAAUGAAUUCUUUGUCCUGAUAAGUAUGCCAAAGAGAAACUAAAAUAGUUCAUCUUUUUCCCUGGUGGAUAUUUGAUAAUUCUGUUUUCAGAAAUAGUGGAUGAAUAGAUAUUCAGACUGUAUUCGCUUAAUCGGGCAUUGUACUUGCCUGUUUUGUAAUGUUGUGCCUGCCUAUAACAAAACUACUUGACUGAUUAAAUGGUUACAUUGAUUGUAGUACCAAUCUUUCAUGAAAAAAAAAAAACAUAAUAAAUUUUUUUUAAUAGCCUGAGUUCAUUUUCACUAUUACGUUACAGGAUA